CUCUGAGAUUCGCCUCAAAACUUCUCUGUCUCUUCGUAAGAUUAGGCAAAGAAUCUAUCUAAAGCUUUUUAUGUUUCAUCACAUGGUCAGAAGGUACCGCACUGAGUGAAGUGGUCCCCGAUCGAAACGGUCCGGAGACUGAGACUGAAACUGAAACCUAAUUCCCAAAUACGAAUCUGUUCCACAAAGCCCCCGAGUGACUCGACCCAGAAAAGCCACGAAGUCGAUUAUUGCAGCCAUGUCAAUCAAUCAAGCCUUUCAGUCGCUGAAAUAGGUUUCAAGCAAUAGCGAAAAGGUUAUCCUCUAAUUGGUGUUCUUUCAUUUUUGGGGUUUAUAUUUUCGAGUAUUUAGACAGGAAGGCAAUUGGGUCAUGUCAAAUUUAGGCGAUGAUGAAAUAGGGUUAAUUCUUGACUGGAUUGAUAACCCAAAUGACAGGAAUUCAUUUUCUUUAGUUUGCAAGCAGUGGCUUAGAGUGGAGGGUCAAAAGCGGUUAUCAAUUCGGGUCUCGAAACUCGAUUUUCUCCCCAAUUUCCUGCCAAGAUUCCCGAAUUUAAUUACUUUUGAAUCAGAUGUAGUUAUCACUGAUGCUCAUAUUCGUUUCAUAGCGCAGAUGUGCCCUAAAUUGGAGAUUCUCAAUCUUAAUUUCAGACAAACUCGUGGUUUCGAUAGAUUUGAACCAUUUGGUACUUUUUCUGGUUUUGAGGACUUUGGGGACAAUGGUAUAUUUGGUUUGGCAAAUGGGCGCUGUCAACUGUCAAAAGUGUUUUUGAGGAGGAGAAAGAAUGUUGGUAACUAUGGAGUCAUUUCUCUUGUUGAAUACAUGCGAAAUUUAACUCACCUUGAUUUAGGGAGAUGUAAUUUGAUCAAUGAUGAAUCACUAGUGGCAAUUGGCAAGGUGAGUUCCAUUCGGGUUUUGAAUUUGGAAGGGUGUUCUUUGAUUUCUGACUGUGGAUUGGCUUCAUUGGCAAAUGGGUCGUCAUCGAGGACCUUGAAGGAGUUGGUUCUUGCAGAAUGUUAUAGAAUUACAGAUUCCGGUGUGUCGCUUUUGCAGCAUAUCCACUGCUUGGAGGGAUUGAAUUUGGCACAAUGUGGGCCUAAAGUGACUGAUUUUGGUGUUAUGGCAUUAGCUUCAAUCCAAACUCUGAAGAGGUUAAAUCUUUCUUGGCUGAUUAAGGUUUCAGAUAUUACGUUAGUCGCACUAGCCGAGAAUUGUAGGGAUUUGUUGGCUCUUGACUUAACUGGAUGUGAAUUGAUUACCGGAGCUGGCAUCCGUGCUUUUGCAUAUCAUGAAUGUUUGGAGGCUCUAGUGUUGGCUUCUUGUUAUAAUAUUGACGGGGAUGAUUUGGACUUGCUGCUGCGAUGCAAAUCAUUGAGGUCUAUUGUGCUUGAUAGAGAACUGAGAAUGUGGAUGCCGGCGGAAUUGCAAGAGAAAUUUGACAGGCUUUGUGAGCUACACUGGAUAUGACAGGGGACACUCUUGGGGCUCAAAUUUAUGAAGGUCAGCUGUGAUCACUGAAUUGGGGAAAUUCAUUGUGUUUCACUGUUUGUUGAUGGGAAUUAAUCUUGAACCUUGUUACCCACUGUGUGAUGAGAUUUCAAAAUAUAUGUCUUGGGUUCCAUUGGGUAUAACUGUUCUUGGUUUUCUUUUUCUUUUUCCUUUUCCUUUUAUUAUUAAGUCAAGCUUUUUUUAAAUAAAAGAUGGGUUAAUAUAAUUUGUCAGUCACCGGAAGAUUGACCAUUUUCCAAUUUUGUCAUCAAAUAUUAAAACGUUUUGAGUUUGGAAUUUCUUUCAUUUGGGUAAUUUGGGCAGAAUUUCUCAAAUCGGGGGAUCCGGACAGU